AUGAGCGGCUCCUCCCCCUUCGCUCUAGUGCUGCUGCUCUGCCUGCUGUCGGUCUCUGACGCAUCGCGCUUCCGGUUCACGCUGACAUCUCGGACCGAGGAAUGCUUUUUAGAAGAAGUGAAUGCCCGCUCGUCCGACAACACGAUUCUUUUCCGCUUCGCCGUGCUCGAACCCGAGAGCUACGAUCUGGUUGACGUUGUGGUCAAAAGUACGUCGCAGCGUGAAGUGCUCAAGUGGAAGGCCGAACAGACCAACUUUGCAUCGGCUGCCGUGCGCGAAAACGGGAUGUACCACCUGUGCUUUCGCAAACUCAAAGGCGCGUCGUCGACGAUCACGCUCUUCUACUCUUUCGACUUCAUCCUGACUGGAGUUCAAAGCUUGACGCUGGCGCCUGAUGUUGCGGCAACAGUGAGCGUGGACGAACCUCAGGUCCCGAUAUACACGCACAUGGCAGUGACGACAGUGAAAGGCCAGGCUAGUAAGUUGGGGGUGAUGGAGUUCGACCUGACCGACGUCUCGCACAGUAUCAUGCAUAGCAAUACUCGUGUUCGACUGCUGCUGACCGUCGACAGUAUCACUGGUGGCGAGACAGUGGACAUUGCCUUGGCGCUGCUGCCCGACCGUUUAGAACACCCUGUCACGUGGGAUACUUUAGGAGAUUACGUGACCGGAGGCUACGUUAGCCAUCUGAUCAGUUUUGAUGGGACGGAGCUUGGCGGGCAUGUUUCGUUUGAUAUCACUGACGUUUUCGAUACCAAGCUGACGGAAAAGGCGGCGACAAUCGCUUUCUCGAUCCAUGCAGAUGAGAACGGUGACGCUGUUGUGAUUGGUAUCGCACGCCAUGGAUCCGAGGACCACUUUCCUCAAAUUGUUGUUGAAGACUUGGGGUUGGAGCUUAUGCACGAGGUGGCAUACUUCCAGGCGUCGGUCUUUACCCUUCGUGGUGAUGUAUCGCUUAUCAAACACCGAGAACGACUCAGUCGUGAUGCUGCGGAAAGCACAAACUCGCGUGUGAAGUGGAUGUCUCUGAUCACGAACGUCGUGCUCGUGGGUAUUGCGUUCGGUCAGGUAAUCUACAUUCGCAGUGUGCUUGAAAACGGCGUUUGA